GUUGUCAGAAGAAAUGUGCCGAUUGCUGAGAUCGAUGGAAGCAGCUCUGUCGCAGCGAAAAAUGGUCACCUUGAGGAGGAGAUGGCUGUGGAGGCCGUCUUUUCUCCGGACAUCGACGCUUCAGAGCGAUCUAAAGAAAUGGAGGCGCCCAUAGACGACGAGAGUAUUUUAAAGGAGCUGCCAGAUGAAGAUGUUGCUGAUCAGGUUGGGACAGAUGAAAUGAUCCAAGUGGAUGCCAAGCAAAAUGACAUCAAUGAAAGUUUCAGAAGAUUUUUCAGCAACAUUAGCUUGAAGCUGACGGUAAAGAGAGGCUCAGCCGACAAAGACUCAAUAGUGAAACAAGCGCCAAGCAAACAAGAAGACUUGGAAGAUAGCACAAAUGAAAUAAAAGAACAAAAUACGGAUCCCAACAGAGCACAGGAGGCUCAUGAUGACGAUUUCACAACCUGUAAGACUCUGGCAGAUGCUGCAUCUCUGGAUUGUGUAGAAAAAACAGUGGAGAGAACCGAAGCCAAAGAGAAAAUUGCAUCUUGUGAUGCGGCUACAGGAACAACUUUAUUGAUCCAAGAGAACGGUGCACCAGAAGAGGAACGGCUUCCAACAUCUCCAGCUGGUUCUGACGGAAAAGAGAUCACUACGCCGUUUAAAAGGUUUUUUACAACCGGGAUCUUUUCUAGCUUUCGAAAGAGAAAGAGCCUCGUGGAAGAUAAAGUCACCGAAAAAGAACUGUUAGAGAAAGGAGUGAAAACAGCUGCAGAGCCGGUUGAUCAAAGUGUACAAAAUCAACAUGAGGAGAAGGAAGUUUCUUCCAAAGCUACAACAGAGAGCGAGAAUGGUAAAGAGGAAAGACUGACUUCAGAGUCGAUUCAAGACAGGAACGAAGUUAAACCCCCCUCUGAAGUUGAGACAGACAUAAUCAACACACAAGAAAAUGACAAAGUCCAAGCCAGUCCCCUGAAAAGGCUCAUGUCAAGCUCUAGUUUUAAGAGACUCUCCAAAAAGCAGACAAGCAGAAAAUCAAGCGAUGCAAAGCGGCCCAGCUCCGGUGAAUAUAGCUCCGAUCAGCUGCAGUCCUCUACAGAGUCGGCUGACCAUCAGAGAGGGGAAACUCCUGCACAACCCUCUGCUCAGGCAGCAGGUGGAGACGAUGGAGCUUGGGCUUCAUUCAGAAAGCUCAUGACUCCACAAAAGCACAAGAAGACACCGUCUUUGGACCACGAAGAGAGACAAACCCCAGGUGGGGUGGAUGGAACAAAACCAGGUAAAGGAGAGCAAACAUCAGAUCACAGCACCGAGGAAGGAAAGAAGAGAAAAGAUUCAUCAGUGUCAUGGGAAGCCGUUUUGUGUGGAUCUGGAAGGAGGAGGAGCAGGAAAACGUCUGACUCAGAUGAUGAAACACCCCCAAAGGAUGAUGAAGAUAAAAAGCAGGACAGUGAACCUAAAGAGACACCUCUAGAAUCACCUAAUGAGGUGCAACAGGUGCUGCCUUCGUCCCUCAGUCAGUCAGGAAGUCCUUCAGAGGGUGAUGAAGGGACAGCGUGGAAAUCAUUAAAAAAUCUAGUCAACCCGAAGCGAAAAGUAAAAGAUGACGAUGUAUGCCUUGGUGAAGCUAUUCAAGAUGAUUCCUCUUUUUUCAUGAAAAAACUCCUACCAAGCAAAAAAGACAGAAAGUCAGCUGAAAGGCAAAGCCAAGUGUCUUCGGAUGAGGCUGAUCAGGAAGUGGCCUCAGGAGAUGAGGACUCUGAGACCCCCGCCGUGGUUCCACUGUCUGAAUUUGAUACAGCAGAAACACUGGUUCAGAUCCAAGUACAGGCGGACAUACAAAGUUAUAAAGAACUCCAAAAUAACCUUUAUGAGGAGAAAACCGAGUCAGCCCUACCUUGUGACCUUCUGCCAACUGAAACAAAUGAGAGUCCAAAGGAAGCAUUAGGAAACGAAGAACCGGAUGAACUCACAGAAUCAACCAGUAAACAUCAGCAGCUCAGUGAUAUUCCAGAGGAGGGUGUAGUCACAGAGCCCACUCCAGCCGUAGCUGUCGAAGAGGCAGCGAGAGAUGAAACCAUCGCAGAGGACCUGAUAGAGAUCACAUCCGAGGCCAUAACUGCUCCAGAGCCAGUGGACGCUUCUAUAGCAGACGAGACAGAGAUGGUUUCUGCCGUUUCUCAGUUGAUAGAGUCAUCAAACACAUCUGGCAACAUGACACCGGUACCAGCAGAAUACAUUGUCUUAAACACAGAGUUACUGCUGCAGCAAGUUUCUGACACCAUCUCUUUACGUCCAGCUAAAGUCCCAGUGUGUUCAGAAGAACCAAGUUCUGAUGAUGUUUCUGGUUCUAUCUACCAUCAAGUGUUUGAAUCAUCUGUACCAGACCAUCCCAGAGUUCUAGAAAUACACAGUAAAUCUGAUGCAACAGCCUUAGAGACAGGCUUAGAUGCUGAAGAAAUCGACGCAGUUAGUAAACUUGCAGCGACAGUCCAAACUGAGAACGUCUUUCACUUCAAUGAAGUGCUGCUAACAGAAAUCGUGUCAGAGGUUCCUAUCGAGAAGUUUGACACUGCCACAUAUGCUACAGAUGAAACUUAUCAGGCCAAUGUUUUAGAGGUACGAGAAAGCAUUAAAGAAUUGGAAAUGAGUGACGAGAGCCAGGAUGUGGUGGAACAUGUAUCAGCCAUGUCUACAGAGAACUUACCCACAGAGGAAGAAGGCAUGAUGGGUGAAAAAUCCUUCUCCAAAACAGACUAUCAGGAAGAAGAAGUAUUUGUUACAUCAGCAGACAAAGAUCAAGAGGAACCCAAAGAGGAGCCAAAAGUUGCAACUCAAGUUAAGGCUGAUGUAGAGGAUGCUCCUCAAAGGGAGAAUGUUGAAGAAGCUCCUACACCUGAUGUAGAGGCAGGGAGCCCAGAGUCUCCCAAAGAAGAACUAAAACCAGACACUGGAGCUGUGGAAGCAGCUACAGAUGAACCUAAACAGACAACUAAAACUGGUACCGAGUCAGAAGAAGAAAUGUCUGUGAAGCCAGAAGUAUCUUCACAAGACGCUACAGCUGUCACAGAAACGGACACAUCUCAACCUCCAGCUGAACAUAUUGAGGAAAUCAUCACUCAGGAACUUGAAAGGCAAACAUUACUGGAAGAUGCUCCUCAACCAGAACAAACUGAGAUUGUUACAGAAGAAGAUGAGAGAAAAGCUGGGCUGGAGAAGGCUUCAGAGAAGAUACUCAAGGGUCAGGAACCACAAAGUCUUCUAUGUGACGUUCAGGCUGAACAUGAAGAAACCACACCUGAAGAUGUAGAGGAGAAGGAAGCUUCAACUGCAGUCCACAUCCCCUCUGCUAACAAGGAACCAGGGAGUGCUCAGGUCUUACAAAAGACCAUGAGUCCUGAGAAAACCCCGACGCCUUGUUCAGAUGAGAGCCUCCAUCAACUGCAGGAGAGCGUAAACAUGGGAGAAGCACAUGAACUUCCAGGUACGGAGGUGGCUAAAACUGACCAUGGUGUCACAUCACAUGAAGUCGCUCGGAAGCUUAAAGACGCUUCAUCUGAGAAACUAGAAGUUUCAGCUCAAGAACCACUGAUGGACCAAACCAAAGGCCAAACAGAGUUUAACGAAGCGCUCGAGACUGCAGCACCGUUAGUGAGAGACAUGAAUGAGACGGCGAUGGUGCACGUAUCUUCAGUGGAGAACCACAGAGUCCAGCUGCAGGUGACGGAUGAGAUCAGAUCAGCUGAAAGUACCGUUGACACAGUGCUUGAGGUUGGAGUUACCGAAGCCAAAGAGGUGAUCCACGUUUGCCUUGAACCCAGCGAAGACGUAGAAAAUCUCUCUGCUGCUUCAGAAAUUGAAGAAUACACAAUACGUGAAGAAGUUCAGGUGACAGUUCGAGAAGUAAUACAGCACGUGGAGAUCGAGUGUCCAGGAGCAAACGUUGGAUCAGCUGUUGACUCCGAGACAAAAGUAAAGGAUCAAAAAGAAUCAGCCGAAGCAGAAGAUCAGCCAACCAGGGGUAAGUCAGACACGGAAAGACAAGAUGAAGAGGUGAUUAGUGAACAGUCUGCAACAACAACUGAGCCACAAGGCUCUGAAGGUCAUGAGCAAACAUCUGGUGUUCCAGAAAGAACCAAAGUGGCUCCAGAAACAUCUGAAGUCUGUGCAACAACAGAGGAUGUAAGAACAGAGAACUUAGCUGAGCUCAGAGAGAACACGUCAGAAAGUCAAAGACUGCAACCAGCCCAAAGCCACGUUGUCACCCAGAGCAUCACUGGACUACAUGUCCCACAAGCCCCCGCUUCACCUCCCGCAGAGACAGCUGAACCUUUGAAAUGGGUCGAGAGGUCUGCAGCUGGUGCUCAGGCUGUGGAGUCUGCAGAGCAAAAACCAGAGAGUCCGAACCCAACAGAGCGCGCUGCUCAGGCCACAGAAAGAAGUGCCGCUCCAACUCUAAGAGCCGUCAUCGCAACCCAGCCACUGUGCCAGAACAUCGGCACCCAAGGACUGGAGCCAGAACCAGCAGAACAAACCCUAAAGGUCCAGGCAGCAGAAGCUCUGCAGCUAGAAAGACGAGAUGAGACGGCAGAGCACCUCAGUGAGCCCCGUGAGACAAAAACAGAGGAACCUUUAAAACAAGCGGAGGAGGAAAACGACAAGGACGAGUGGCUGGACGCUGAGGAACACAUCGAACCUGCCGAGCUGCUGACCGACACUGAAGAAGGCAAACGAGCAGAACCCGAAGUCCAUCCUGAAAACAAAGAAAGUCCACAGAAACCUGCAGGAACGCUCGAACAUGAAAGUGAAGGAGAAGAUUUUGCUGUUGCCCUGGAGGACCUGGAGAGCAGCUCCUCUGUGGGGGGAUGGAAUUAAAUGAGCCUGACCUCAGCUGAACUUAAAGGUUGGACAAUCACAAA